UAGGUUUCAUCGCUCGAGGCGUGGUGUCUUGGAAACUUUAUCCAAGUUCGGGCAGGUAAAGAAAUAGCUUUCAAGAAAUAUUUCAAGAUGGCGGACAUGUAUACUAGAGCUGUGAAAUUCUGGGAUGAAAUUUGGGCAAAGAAAGAUCCUCGUGUGGAUGAUUGGUUUAUGAUGUCAUCACCAAUAUCAAGUAUUGUGAUAUGUAUUGCAUACGUUAUCUUUGUGAAAUUGGGGCCAACCAUUAUGAAAGAUCGAAAACCAGUGGAGAUGAGAAAAGUCCUUCUUGUGUUUAAUUUGCUCAUGGUUUGUCUGUCAACUUACUGUUUUAUGGAGUUUGGUAUGGCAGGCUGGUUUACAGGGUAUACUUUUGGUUGUGAGGAGGUUGAUUACUCUACCUCACCUCGGGCAAUGCGAAUGCUGAAUGUGUGUUGGUGGUUUUAUUUCUCCAAAUUUAUUGAACUUUUUGAUACAAUAUUUUUUGUGCUCCGUAAGAAGUUUAACCAGUGUUCUUUCUUACAUGUCUUCCAUCAUGCAAUUAUGCCAGCAUCGUGGUGGUUUGGAGUACGUUUUGUAGGAGGUGGAUUUGGAACAUUUCAUUCCCUUCUGAACUCAUUUAUACACCUUAUGAUGUACACUUACUACUUCCUGGCAGCUCUGGGACCAAAGUAUCAGAAAUACCUCUGGUGGAAAAAGUACAUGACAAAAAUGCAAAUAAUACAGUUUCUCCUGGUAACAAUUCACUCAGUACAACUACUGUAUAUGAAGGACUGUAAUUACCCGAGAUUGUUUGCCUACUGGAUAUUGGCGUACGCUGUUAUAUUCCUGGUGAUGUUCGCAAACUUUUACGUUCAAGCUUAUAGAAAGCAACCAGCUGCAGGAAAGGGCAAAGAUAAUCAGGGUAAUGGAAGUGUUACAGCCAACGGGGAGACCUCUUCUAGAAAACAUGGAGCUAAGCAUCACAAGAAGCAUUGAUGAUUGAGAGCCCUAGUAUUUUAUUUUUUCCCUAUUGUACAGAGUGAAAAAUAUCCAAUAUAUUUCACUAGAACAAGAAUAUCAGAUAAAUAGGUCAGAGCUUUUCUAAAUCUGGAAAAAUAUUGUUUCAGUUGAUUCUGCUUUUGGUUUUCACAGUGGAAAGAAAAUUAUACAAUUAAUUUAUAACAGAAUUUCCCUUACAAACUUACUAAUAUAAGAAAAAAUUAGAAGAAAUAUUUCAUGUAUAGUAUAUAUAUUUGCAAUAACGAUUGCCUUAAUAUAGUUUUUCAAUUCAAUGCAUUUCUGUGCCUGUAUUUUAUAAGAAUUUUCUAAAUAUUUUUGUAUUUAAUUAGCUCCCUUUUAAAUCUUUUACACUAGUUAGUGAAGCAAUUCUUUUGUAUUGAAGUGUUAUAAGUGUAUCUUGUUUAGGAUAUUUGUUAAAAUGAAUAAUCUGUUGGCUAAAAGUCUUUUGUAUCAAGACAUUGUUAGGGAUAAAAAGCAAUAUUUUCCGUGUGUCAUGUACUUCAAACCACUUUAUUUUUGUUAUUUGAUUCUUUUUUCACCAAAAUAUGUAGCACAUGAUAAUUGGGCUAUCCAGCAAGCUUACACAGUGACUGUGUUUCUGACUCCCGGGCACGCCCCUUACACCUACCGGGCACGCCCCUUACACCUCCCGGGCACGCCCCUUACACCUCCCGGGCACGCCCCUUACACUGCAUGGAUCUGGAGAUUUCCUAUCACAAGUCACAAAGUACCAUGUUGCUCAUUGAGUGAAGGUUAUAUGAAACCAAAUUAUAGAACAUGUAAACACUUAUAUUAAGGUGUGAGUGAAAAAUUGAAUAUAUUUCGGAUAGUGGGUAAAAUAUUCUAUUUAAGCAAAAUAUCCUUGCUUUAUAUAUAUUUUUAUAGUUAUUAACAAAAAAUAGAGAGGAGAUCAAAAA